AUGCCAAGAGUGGAAGGAAGUGUUGUGGCUCACUUCUGGAUACUGCUGAAUAUACCCAGCAGCCAUGCUGAGGGAGUCACGCUGGAGAAGGUCAGAAGGAGCCUGGUGGAGGGGCUGAAGGGGUACAGCAGGUCAAAGGUGGAAGAGACAGCCAGCUUUGAUGGAUACCUUUUCCAUCUCCCUACACUAUCUGUCAGUGACUGCUACCGCUAUCAGAAGGUGGUGUCCAGCAGCCCCAUUCUGCUCCUUGGCCCUAACACGCAGCGUUCCUCCUGUCUGUGGCACCUCCAGACCACCCCAAGCUCCCAGCUUGAGCUCCAUAUGGAGUGGCUGCUUCCAGAGUGCAGUGACAGACUGCUGGUGUACAACUCGCUCACCCCUGCUGAUAAUCAUCUCAUCACAUCUGUGUAUGGCUGCAGCAGACAUGAGCGCGUGGUCCGUGUCCUGUCAUCAGGAGAGUGGAUGACAGUGGUUUGGAAACAGGGUCUAUACAAUUACAAGGAAUCCUUUUCUUUGUCUGUGCAGGCUUGGGAACACCAGGACUGUAAUUCCACUAUACAGCUGGAUGCAGUAUCAGGGGUCCAAGGGACACUAAAGACACCCUUCUUUCCCAGCUACUACCCUCCUGACACCAACUGUACCUGGAACUUUACUAUGCCCAGUGCAGGGAUGGGCUUAUGUUUGACAUUUGAGGGCUAUGAGCUAAGCAGAGCCAGCUACAACCAGGCCUGUACCCAGGGACAGUGGGUCAUCCAGAAUCGCAGGCUGUGCGGCACCAGGGCUCUGCAGCCCUACAGCGAACGUCUCUUCCUGCUCUCUACGACAGCCACUAUCUUCAUGACAUCUGAGGUGUCACUCACAGGGCCGGGCCUUCAGCUGCAAUACAGCGUCUUCAACCUGUCAGAUCCUUGCCCAGGACAGUUCCUGUGCACUGUGAAUGGUCUCUGCGUGCCCAUCUGUGAUGGAAUCAAGGACUGUCCCAAUGGCCUCGAUGAGAGAAACUGUGUAUGUGUGGCACAAUACAAAUGUCCAGAGGACAGUCAGUGUGUGGACUACUACAAAGUGUGUGACCAACACCCAGACUGCCCUGAAGCUACCGAUGAGAUGAACUGCACUGAAGGCGUGCAGUGUACAGAUAUGACCUAUGUGUGUGCCGACGGAACGUGUCUGAAGAAACCAAAUCCUGAGUGUGACUUUGUCACUGACUGCCCUGACGCCUCCGAUGAGAAACAUUGUGAGUGCGGCCUGAGGCAGUUCUCCAGCCGCAUCGUUGGGGGAACGGACGCCUCAGAGGGGGAGUGGCCAUGGCAGGCCAGCCUGCAGGUGCGGGGUAACCACAUCUGUGGUGGCACUUUAAUCGCCAGUCAGUGGGUGGUGUCGGCUGCCCACUGUUUCUAUGAUGACCGUCUCUACUCCCCCUCAGUGUGGACAGUCUACCUUGGCAAACUUCUGAUCAACCGCAGCAGCCCUACAGAGGAGGUGGCGCGGGUCCAACGCAUCCAUCUUCAUCAUUACUAUGACGAUGAGUCCCACGACUACGACCUGGCCCUGCUCAAGCUGGACCGGCCCGCCGCUGCGCUGCUGGCUGGGCAUGCUCGACCCACCUGCUUGCCCCCACCAACACACCAGCUGGAGCCAGGCCUGCUCUGCUGGGUCACUGGCUGGGGGGCACUCCGUGAGGGGGGCACAGCCAGUAAUGUGCUUCAGAAAGUUGAUGUGCGCCUGGUUAGCGAGGAAUCCUGCAUCCGUUCCUAUGGACACCUGGUUACUCCCAGAAUGCUUUGUGCCGGUUACCGCAAUGGAAGAAAAGAUGCCUGUCAGGGAGACUCGGGCGGUCCCUUGGUGUGUCAGGAGCCUUCAGGUCGCUGGUUCCUGGCCGGGGUGGUGAGCUGGGGUAGAGGCUGCGGGCGUCCAGACUACUACGGUGUCUACACUCGCAUCACCAGGCUCACCCACUGGAUAAAGCAGGUCAUCAGCAGCUCCUGA